AACAUUUCUGUUACCAAACCGACGCCGGCUAUCUCCAUUUUGUCGUUUGCUUGAAACUGACAGCGUUAUAUAUUCUUUAUCUUCAGUUUCUCCGAGAUAAUUUUAAUCUGUAACAAUGGCUGAUGGUACCAGCCCCGGCACAACGACAAAUUCUAAUCCUCCCAUACAACGAUCCAACAGUGGAAAUGUCUCUGGAGGAGGUGGUGGUGGUGAUCGAGGUAGUGGCGGGUCCAGAGGUAUGCGUGGUGGAGGCCAACGAGGAGGACGCGGAAAUUACAUGCGUGGACGUGGAGGUCCACCAGGAGGUCGUGGAGGUGGUGGUCCAAUGAUGAGAGGUGGUCGCGGUGGUCCAGGUGGUCGUGGGGGUCCUAGAGGGGGCCCUCGUGGUCGUUUUGGAGGACCUCAAGGUGGUGGUGGUCCAUCUGGUGGAGGUCCAUCCGGACCUGGAGGAGAUAAUCAAGGACCACGAGGACCUAUGGGAGGUCAAAGAGGUGGACCUAGAGGUGGAAUCGGCGGUGGUGGCGGCGGUUUCCGUGGAAGAGGCGGCCCACCAAGAGGUCGUGGUGGACCAGGAGAUCGUGGUGGGCGUAUGAAUGAUAGGGGUGGACAAAGAGGAGGACGUGGAGGAUUUAUGCAGAGGGGUCGAGGUGGUCCGAUGGGAUCAGGCGGUGGUGGUCCACCAAAAAGAGGACAAUCUGGACAACAACAGGGUGGACCAGGCGCGAAAAGACCUAGAUUUGAAAAUGGUGGCUCUACAAACGGAUUUGGCGGACAAAGACAAAGUUAUGGAUCUGCUAAUACUGGAAAUCAAGGACAAGGAGGAUAUAGCCAGCAACAACCUUACGGACAAACGCAGUCGUUUGGAAAUCAAAAUCCCUAUGGACAAAGUCAAGGUGGAUAUGGAGGAGGUGGCGGAACUGGGGGAUAUGGAAGCAAUCAAUAUGAUGGGGGCAGUUACCAACAAAGUUAUCAAUCUGGUGGAGGCCAAGGUGGUGGUGGUGGAUAUGGAGGUGGUGAUAACUAUGGACAGAGUUAUGGUGGAGCUGGAGGUGGUAGUGAUGGAUAUGGCCAACCAGGUUACAAUAGUGGAGUCAGUGGAGGUUACCAAAGCCAGUCGACUGGAUUUGACAGGGGAGGUUAUGCAUCAACAGGUGGCUAUGCGCAUAUAUAAACUAAAAACUGAACAAAGAGUGGCCAAGAGGAUUUCCUAAAGAAUGUGUGUGAUAUCCCUGAUAAACAUUACACCUAUCAUGAUAAGGAUUCAUUAAUUUAUUAUUAUUAGUGUUCUUAUAUGUAUAAUAUUUAAGUUAACGCAUUAAUAAUACAGGUAUAUAAAUAAUGCGAAGUUUCUUUUCGUUUCUGCUGUUGAAUUAAAAAAUAAAACAAUUAAAACUAAUUUGAAAAAAAAAUAAAUGUGUUUAAGGAUCUGUUUUUCUGUACAUGAUCUGGAACAGUUUCUGCAAUUAUUUUCUACUUGAACAUUUCAGGUUCAUCGAACCAAGGUAGACGCUUCUAAUUAUCUCACCAAGGCUAUUAAUUUAAACAGAAUUCAAGAUAAAAAUAGAGUAAUAAAUAAAAGUUAAUUAAAUAGUUUAUAAAUACGAUAAUUAUCAAGAAUGAACAAAAUGUAUAUCGUUCAAUAACGUUUCCAUUUUGAUAUUUGUGGAAUUGAGAGAUCGUUAUUUUAUUUCAGUUAUUAUUUUUUUUUUUUUAAAGAUGACCAUUUUUUUGGCAAUAUGAUUUUAAUGAAUAAUUUUUUCAUGUGUCUGUGGACGUGUGUUUAUUUAAGUAGAUUAAGUGUUUAAAUUAGUGAAGAAAUUCUCUGAGUGACUAUCUUUAAAAUUUUUUUUUUUAAGCGUAGAAUGAUUGUUUUUUUGUGAAAAUGUUUACAUAAAGAUCAAUGAGUAACUACAUACAAUUAAAUAACUAAAUAUAAAUUAACUCAAUA